GUGUACGGGGCAGGGAGAGAGUGGCAGCCUUAAAGGGCCCGCUCGCUGGCGGCGCAAAAGCAAAGGGAGGGGAUUUAAAAGGGACGCUGGCCCUUUAAGGGAUCAGGUAGCUGGCGCAUGCACACUUUCACACUCACACUAAAAGGAAAAUGCACCCCUUCCAAUGAUCCCUCUGCAAAAAAAGGGGAAAAAAUCCCUGUUUGGCAACCUGUGGAUUCCCUCCUAUUUGCAUUGCAAUCAUUUAAAGGCCUCCCAAGCCCAGGAUGAUGGGUUUUGCAAGAGGCCUCCUCUAGAGCAGAGCUCCCAACACACCCAUCAUCCACCUAUGGCUUUUGGGUAACAGGUUUCUCCAAGGCCCUGGGAGGCUCCUGGAGGCCGGCCGGCCAUGAGCUAGGGGAGGAGGCCUGCCUUCCCCCUGCCUUUCUGCCAUGAGAGCGUGAUGGAUCAGAACACCUUCUCCUCCCGCAUCCAGCUAUGGUGCCCCCGCCCCUUUGGCACCUACUCCCAGAACAAGCAGUGCACUGGAGGCCAGGUGAAGAAGACCUUCGGGGACUUUGCCUGCAAAGCCAAGGAAGAGGAGGUGGCGGGCGGUGAGGCCUCUUCGGAGAACACCCCUCCUGCUCCGCCGCCGCCUCCUCCGCCGCCGCCCGCCGCCUCCCCGAGCCCCAGCCAAGUGGAGGAAGGGCGGGUGCUCUUGGACACGUGGUACGUCAUCAAGCCGGGCAACACCAAGGAGAAGAUCGCGUUUUUCGUGGCACAUCAGUGCAGCAGCGGCAGCCGGGCGAGCGCCAUGAAGGUCAAAGGGAACUGGGGGAGCGACAGCUCCAAAGCCAAGCGCCGGCGGCGGUCUCACGACCCCAGCAAAAGCAAACCGUGCCCGGUCAAGUUGAAGGACGGCGUCGGCGGGGGCGUCAACAAGGAAGCGGAAGAUGUGUGCCUUUGUCCGGAGUCCCACGCCGACCCCGCCGGCGCAGAUACCACCGACUUGCUUUCGGUCGCCGAGAUGGUGGCCUUGGUGGAGCAGCGGACGGCCCUGGCCCUGCAGAACUACGCCAGGCCCAACCCUCCUGCCGCCCCGCCGUCCCCCAUGGUUUUCGUAUCCACGGAGCAAGAGGAAAGUGGGGAGAAGAAAGCGGGCGCGUUGGGGGGCGGCUCGGACUGCAGCCGGGUGGCUGAGGCGGUGGCUCACAUCGAGUCCCGGGAGCGGAACGUCUUGCGCCAGAACGGCCUCUGCCGGGAGUCGCCCGAAUGCGUGGCCAACUCCCAGCACAGCCCCGGCGAGGUCCGCAUCGCCUUCCGCAUCUCCAGCAGCCGGGACCCCCGCUCGCCCACCGAGGGCGGCUCCAGCGCCCGCCCUAACUGUAUGUUCAUGAGUUGCGGGGGGUCACCGACGGGGAGCGCCGCCCGUGCCAAAGACAAGAUCACGUGUGACCUCUACCAGCUCAUCAGCCCUUCCCGGGACACCCUGCCCAACAAUGUGGACUUCCUUCUGGCAAGUGCCUCCCCAAAAGGGGCCGACGGGUCGGGCGGUGAGCCCCCGGACGUGGAGAUGACGUGCGGGGAGAGCCAGGGUGGCUCUGGGAAAAUGGAGACCAUCUCCGAAGGGUGCAGAUCUGGCGCCGAAAAGAUGGGGGGCCCGUCCGCCGCUGCCACCGUCACCCGGGAUUGUGUCUCCGGCUUCCACGUUGACGUGGUCGUCACGGGGGUGGUGGACCAGUGUGUCUUUUUCGGCAAGGACAGCACCAAGAACAUGAAGGAGGAGACCGUCUGUUUGACCGUCAGCUCGCCGACCCAAGAGGUGUUGUGCUCGUCGUGCGACGACCCUCCUCCGGGGCAGCUCUUUUUCCUCCACACGCAAGGGCCUCGGCCGGAGGACAGCCGGGACGUGGACGGCGCCUUCCUGGACCCUAUGAACGGCGGCGAGAGCGGGCUGGACAGGGCCGACGGGUCUGGGUUGGAACCCGCCGGCUCGGACACCUCCCUCUGCCGCUUGUACCGCCACGUCUCGCACGACUUCCUGGAGAUCCGCUUCAAGAUCCAGCGGUUGCUGGAGCCCCGCCAGUACAUGCUGCUGCUCCCGGACCAUAUCAUGGUGAAGAUCUUCAGCUACUUGCCCACGCAGUCGCUGGCCGCCUUAAAGUGCUCCUGCCACUACUUCAAGUACAUCAUCGAGACGUUCGGCGUCCAAGCCACGGACUCCAAGUGGAACCGGGACCCUUUGUACCGGGACGACCCUUGCAAGCAGUGCAAGAAGCACUACGAGAAGGGCGACGUCUCCCUCUGCCGCUGGCACCCCAAGCCCUACCAUCACGACCUGCCUUACGGACGCUCCUACUGGAUGUGCUGCCGGCGGACGGACAAGGACACGCCGGGCUGCCGGGUGGGACUUCACGACAACAACUGGGUCCAGCCCUGCGACAUGUUGCGGGAAAGGGCGGCCCGGCGGGAGGACGGGAGGUGAGGGGUUGGGCGGCGGAGUUUGCGGCGGAGACGCUCCCUCUUUCCUCCUUUUUCACGCACUCUCUUCUCUUCCUUCGGCUCUCCCUUGUGUGUGCGAGAGGGUGCGGCGUGAGUGUGUUUUACAAAAUUUCUGUUGUGUUGAUUUUUUUAAAA